GCCACUACUUCUUAAUAUCAUUGCAGACGAAUUACUAUAUAAUGCUGGCAAGAAAUGCAUAUUCAUUUAAAAUGUUAAUUCAAAAAUGCUAACGCUCCUGGAGCUGUUUUGUUAUAUGGGCAAAGGACUCGCUUCGUAUUAAUCCGCAGCGGAGUCUUUUUUUGUACCUGGCUAGCUAGGUUAGCUUGUUUUUUUGGCAGUGACCCCCCCCCUUGCUAAAUAUGGCGCUACACAUUUGGCCUCAUCGUACCAGCAUGAGAAACAUUUUUAAGUUAACCGUUAGCUAACGUUACCAUACUAACGUUAGCAGUAUCUCGGCCAGACGGUUGCUCUUUUGGGUUAACCUUAGAUUGGGUUCGCGAGCUAAUUCCAAUGUAGCUUUAACGUUACAGGCUAGCUAAUACAUAUUGUGGGGAAAAAAACAAUGCUUACUCCUACCGAGCUGCUUUGUCUGAGAAUAACACUAACGUUAUGUUAGUUCAAGGAUAGUUAGCUUAUGUUCGUCAAAAGGAUUUUGUAAACUUUUAUCUUCCCUUGCCGCCACGAACGGGGGGCAGCUAACACAGGGCUACAAGCUAACGUUAAGUUUAUGGUGGUGGGUGUGUUAGCAGUUGCAGGGUAACAUAAUAGGGUCAUAAGCUCACUAAUAGGCUAUAACAACGCACCUCGGGGUCGGUAUAUCCAUCUCCUCUUUGUUCUUUAAGACCGGUUGGCCACCUGUCCCUGCUCUCUAUAAUGCCCCAGUGUUUGCAGCAACUGCAGUGAACGUGAUGGCAGCCCAGUCGGUUUCCAUAGACAAGUACCCAAAGGGAGAGCAGCAGAUGCAAGGUGUGAAUGUGAUAAAGGUAGGCGACGAUUCUGAGCAGAAGUUUUUAGAGGGGACGUUGCCAGAGGCGCCCAGCCCGGCACCCACAGAGCCACAGACACCCAUGGACGCGGACAAAGCAUCCAUAUAUCGGCAUCCCCUGUUCCCCCUCCUGGCCCUGCUGUUUGAGAAGUGUGAACAGUCCACGCUGAGCUCUGAUUGCAUCACCUCGGCGAGCUUCGAUGUGGACAUUGAAAACUUUGUCCGCUGUCAGGAGAAGGAGGGCAAACCCUUCUUCAGCGAGGACCCUGAACUCGACAACUUGAUGGUGAAAGCCAUCCAGGUGCUGCGGAUCCACCUGCUGGAGCUGGAGAAGGUGAGUGACCUGUGUAAGGACUUCUGCAGCCGCUACAUCGCCUGCCUCAAGACUAAGAUGAACAGCGAGACUCUGCUGAGUGGAGACCCCGGGAGCCCGUACUCCCCUGUACAAGGACAGGUCCAGGGCUUUUCACCUACCAAGACUCCGGUAUGGACUACCCCCAGCUCUAUCUCAGGGACCAUCAGUCCCCAGGGUCAAAUUGUGGUGCCAGCCUCAGCCCUGCAGCAAGGGAACGUUACGGUAACAGCCGUCAACCCCAGCCAGAUGGUUGCAGGUAUGUCACCAUGGCAUACAACCUCUCCCUCAGGUGGCACGGUGUACCAGCCUGUUACAGUCGUCACUCCUCAGGGCCAGGUGGUAACACAGGCUCUUUCUCCCGGGACAAUACGCGUCCAAAACAAUCAGCUCCAGCUGCAGUUUCACCAGGACUUAAACCUCUUUAAUCACGACGACAACUCAACCAAGAACAAACGUGGCGUUCUACCCAAACACGCCACCAAUGUCAUGCGCUCGUGGCUCUUCCAACACAUCGGGCACCCGUAUCCAACAGAGGAUGAAAAGAAACAGAUUGCUACUCAGACAAACCUGACACUUCUGCAGGUCAACAACUGGUUUAUAAACGCACGGAGGCGGAUCCUGCAGCCCAUGUUGGACGCCAGCUCCUCUGAGACACCCAAAUCCAAGAAGAAGACGCCUCAGAACCGGCCACUGCAGCGCUUCUGGCCUGACUCCAUCGCCACAGGGGGAGGCACCCAGCAGCAAGUUACCAUGCCAGACGGUACAAUGGUGACGAUGAACAUGGAGGGUCUGCAGAGCCUGACGUCAGACGGCGCCACACUGGCGGUACAGCAGGUGAUGAUGGGAGGCCACAGUGAAGACGAGUCGGGGGACAGCGGCGAUGAGGACGACGAUGCAGACAUGGCCGGGCUGGGCCUGGACAACAGCGACUCGUUGCAGUAGAGGACACACUCCCUCACACUCUGAUCUACACAUACACGGCCUUGCAAAAGUAUUCAUCUCCCGUUUUUCUGACGUUUUUUCCCCCUAUUUUGUUUCCAUUACAACCUGUAAUUUAAACAUUUUUAUUUGGAUUAUAUGUAAUGGCCACAUAAAAAGUCAAAGGGGCUGAAAUCCUCUCUAUCAGAAUGUAGGUGCAUCUCACUUCUUAAAGGUGCUCUAAGCCAUGUUGUGUGACGGCACUUCUUGUUGACAUUCAAAGUAUCAUCAAACAAAAUGGAGGCUAGCUCGCCCCUCCCUCCUCCUCAUACCGUCCCCUCCUUUCCGCGCACUAACCCCCCAACCCCC